CAGCUGCAAGCCUGCAACUCGGCUCUGCCAUUGCCUUGCCUUCUCUCUCUGUCUCUCGGCUCCUUCCAGUGCUUUGCUCCCGCUUGGCUGGAGGUGGCUGGAAGCGGCGGACUAUAAAUAGCAAAGGAGAGCGAGAGUGUUGUGUGUGUUGUGUGUGUUGUGUCAGGCGACGGAGUCACUGCCUUUGCCACAGACUACAGGGGAGGCAAGGGGCUCUUCCCGCCAACGCUGCUGCUGCCUUGCCUUGCCUUCACAAGCAGAGGAAGAAGAAGAAGAAGAAGGAAGCCACCAGAGCCAAGGGAGAGAUGGUGUCGUCUGAAAGGAAAUCUACUGUUUCUAAUGAAAAAUAAGACGAAGAGUUGCGAAGCUUCUGAGUUAGUGAUUCUGGAGCGAUGCUGUAUUGUGGAGUUCAGGAAUAAAGCAGAUGUUUCAGUAGUCCUCAAGUUUCAGAGUGGAGAACCAGACCUUUACCUUGAAGCUGCAUCAAGGUCUGAUUGUGAAUCUUGGGCCGUAGCACUUGGAGAGGCAAAUUCUGAAGGUCUGCGUAAUAAAAUCCAUCAGCUCCAGAGAUUGAUCAUGGAAAUCAAGGAAGAGAGGACUGCAGAUGAAGUACAACAGUUUCUUCCAUCAGCACAAGCAGACAGUCUUGCAGAGCCCAAGCUUACAGGUCUUAAGAAGACUCUCUGUGAACCAAAGCUUGAAUUCAGUCUUGGAUGUAAAGAUCUGGUGGCUCCUACGCGUGAUCGAAAAUUGAAUACUUUUGUGCAGAUCACAGUGGUGCAUCCAGGGGAGCAGAAUUCAACAAGAUAUGCAAGCACAGAAAUUGUGGAGGGAACAAGAGACCCACUGUUUUUGACUGGUGUGACGUUCCCACCGGAUUACCCCAUCUAUGAGGAGACUAAAAUAAAGCUAACAGUCUAUGAUGUCAAGGAUAAAUCUCAAGACACGGUCCGCACCAGCAGCCUUGCAGAACACAAAGAGCCACCAAGGACAGAUACAGGUAGAAGCUUCCUGGGAUGUGCUACAUUUAAAGUAGGUGAACUGGUGAAAUCAAAAGAGCAACUAUUGGCUCUUAGCCUGAGGAGUUUAGAUGGUGGAAAGACAUUUGGCACUAUAGAAGUCAGUGUUGUGAAGAUGGGGGAGACAGAGAACGGGGAGGCAGAUCACAUCACAACAGAUGUGAAGGGAGAAAAGUGUGCCUUGGUUCAUGAGUGUACAUCUCCAGAAAACAUCAAUAGUAAAGACAGUUUACCUUUAUUAAAUGCAGUGUUAAGAAAUCCAAUCUGUAAGUUGUAUAGAUUCCCCACAUCUGACAACAAGUGGAUGUGUGUACGAGAACAGAUGUCUGAAAGCACUCUCUCUUUUCAUAUUCCCAAGGAACUCAUCAGCCUUCACAUAAAGGAAGAUAUGAGAAGGAAUCAGGAGCUUAAAGAACUUGGGGAACUUGCUCCACAUUGGGACAAUAUGCGUAAAAGUGUCAUUGCACACUGUGAUCAGAUGCUGACUCUUUAUCAAAAUAUGCUUGCAGAACUUGGGAAGCAUACAGGUUCUUCCUUCAAAUCAAGUUGUAGUAAAGGGGAAAAAACUCUAGAAUUCGUUCCAGUCAAUCUACAUCUGCAAAGAAUGUAUGUGCACAGUCCACGGUUGAAAGAUGUUCUUUAUGAUGUCAUCACAGUAGGGGCACCGGCAGCACAUUUUCAGGGAUUUAAAAAUGGUGGUCUUCAGAAACUGUUGAAUAAAUUUGAAGGAGAAAGACGAAAUACUGGGUACCAAUGUAUUUACUAUUCACCUGAAAACACAGCUAAGGCAAAAGAAGUUCUCAGUAACAUCAAUCAUCUCCAGCCUCUCAUAUCAAGCCAUGCAGACCUGCUGCUUAAUUCUGCAAGGCAGCAUUUGCCAGACAGCUUGAAGAAUUCUUUAAAGAUGCUUUCAGAAACGACAGAGUUAUUUGUGCAUGCAUUUAAAGAUCAACUGAUCAGAAGUGCCCUUCUAGCUCUAUACACAGCCCGUCCAGGUUGUGUCCUAAAAAAACCAACAGUGCCAAGAAGUAGUGUUGAAGAAAGUGGUGAUACACCUAAUCAGGAUCAUCCUGUCCAGAUCAAGCGACAAGAUUCUAUACCGCACCAUUCAGAAUAUGAUGAAGAAGAGUGGGAUAGGGUGUGGGCCAAUGUGGGGAAAAGUUUAAACUGCAUUAUUGCAAUGGUGGAUAGAUUGCUUGAAAAAGAUUCCCCCAGCAUCACAAAGGAAAAUGAAAAUGACCCUUCACCAGCUGAACACGUGGCAACUCAUAUAAGUGGUGACUGGUAUGAACAACUGUAUCCACUCACAGUUACACUGAAAGACUGUAUUGGAGAGGUGGUGACAAGGGCAAAGCAAUCAAUGUCUUUUGUUCUGCUUCAGGAGCUUGCGUGUAGUUUGCCACAGUGUUUAAUGCUGACCCUAAGAAGAGAUAUUGUCUUCAGUCAAGCACUUUCUGGAUUGGUCUGCGGAUUUAUAAUCAAAUUGCACUCUAGUUUACGUGACCAAGGCUUCCUGCAGCAGCUUCAUACAGUGGGGUUAGUUGUUCAGUAUGAAGGACUUCUUAGUACGUAUAGUGAGGAAAUUGGAAUGCUAGAAGAUAUGGCUGUGGGAAUAUCAGAUUUACAAAAAGUCAUGUUUAAAAUAACUGAAGCCAAAUCAGAUGACCUUUUGCCUGUUAUAACUGGAAGACGGGGACAUUAUAUAAUAGAUAUCAAGCUCCCAGAAAAGAUGUUUGAGUUGCUGCCACAAGAAAUUAAAGAGGGGAAACUGCUCCAUGUAUAUCCAAUCCUCUUUAAUGUUGGAAUCAAUGAACAGCAAACCCUUGCAGAAAGGUUUGGGGAUACUUCCUUGCAAGAAAGUGUUAACCAGGAUAGUUUGGAAAUGCUAAAAGAGUACUACAGAUUACUCACAGAAAAGAUGCCUCCUGAUUGCCUACCGCAUUUUCAGGAACAGAAUGACCUAAAGCGAUUACUAGAAAAUCUCCAACAAAAUAUUCAGGCUAAAAAGAGAAAGAAUGUAGAAAUCAUGUGGCUGGCUGCAACGAUUUGUCGCAAGCUAAAUGGAAUCCGGUUCACCUGCUGUAAAAGUGCCAAAGAUAGGACAUCAAUGUCAGUGACACUGGAACAGUGUUCAAUUUUAAGAGAUGAACAUCAACUGCACAAAGACUUCUUUAUCCGAGCUCUGGACUGUAUGAGAAGCAGACAAACCCAGGGAGCACUGAAUGAGUCGGAUGAUCCUGAAACAGGCUGUCUAACUGAUAACAAGCCAACUUCUCGUCACUUCUAUCCUGUCGCCUUGCUGCUUGUCAGCUCACAUUUGCUGGUUGUGUGGCUUAUUCUAAGUCUUGCUUUAUUAUUAGCCAAAUAUCAGUAAAGUUCACUUCUGUUCUUUCCUGUUCUUUUCUAUGAACAGCAACAGCUUAAGAUUUAAAAAUUGUGCUGUAUUAUUUUAUAUUUUGAAACCUGCAAAUUUGUCCAUAAAAAGCCAAUGUCUUGAAUAGUAAAAGUUUCCUCCUCCCACAGCCCUGAACUCAAGAAACCAUAUUAUGCAUUGAGAAAUUUAAUCUGAGUAAUUUAAUCUAUUUCUAGCCAAUCUUUUUGCACUUUCAUUAGCGCUUAUGAAAGUCCAUUUAUAGCAGUGUUUUUCUUUCCACCCACUGGGUCAAUAUUUAGGAUGAAUUCCCAUCCUUACUGGGUGGUUUUUAUCACCUCAUGUUCCCCCCAUUGGGGACACAUUUGGUGAAAUCCUUCUUACCCUGUCCACAACACACAUGCACUCACAUUAGAAAACUACCAAAGUUUAUCAUGAUUUUUUCUGGCAUUGGCAUUUUUGUAAUUUUCACAUGAGGAGACCACAACAGACAAAUGGCUCCUGGUAGGAAAAUGGGGUGGCAAAAUGGAUGGUAUGAAGACUCACAUUACCACACAUGGGUGGUUGUUGUUGGUCCAUACUCAAAAAGUAUCCGAAGAUGAAAAAUGCUUUUGCACACAUAACAUUGAAUUCAAGCUGAGUAUUAUAGACAGAUUGGUUUGUAAGACUAACUUUCAUUGUAAUGCUUUCAUUGUUACUUGCUGAUAGUGCACUUCUGUUUGGACAAAAAGUUCACUCUUUUAUUUAUUUAUUUGUUGCAACUAACCCUUUACUGUCAAGCCAUUCUAUGGUAUUCAGUAAGUUCUGUUUUGUAACCAAUUAACCUGUUUGUAACUGUUGCUUUGGUUGUUUUUGCUUUACAGAACACAUUUAUAUUCUUUUAAACAAAAUUUUCUUUAUGUCUUGACGCACCAUGUUGGCUUUUGUGACUUUUGUAUUGUGUAUGAAUGAAGCAUCUCUUCUUUGUAAAGCAGAAAGUUGGAUUAACCUAUUGAAAAGCCAUUUUCUCUUUCUUCCAUUACAAAACCUGAACAUGUUGAAAAUCAGACAAACAUGGAAAUUCCCAUUAGUAAUCUGUAGGGCCAGACUUAAUAAAAUGCCUUAUUCCUAGAACCUGCACAUUUAAGGCUACAUGUGAACUUUAACAUGUACAACAGAAACUAAAUGAAACCAAUCUGGAAAAAAAUAAAGAAUUUUUUAAAGUAAAUAUAUUUCUAAAUGUAGAGAAAAAUAUAUCAUAAAGUAUUUAAUCUUUAAUCAAGCCACAGUGAAAGAUGAAUAUAAAGAAAAUCCCACGACCUAUUUCUAAGGGCAAUAACUGUAUUGGGCCUGGCCUUGGAUCUAAUUUUGUAAGAUGUAUCAUCACUUGUGGAGAAUAUAUUGUAGAGUUUAAUCUUUGUUAUUUUUACUUCAAUUGUUGCUGAAACUCUGCAAUGUACAAAUAAAACAUAUUUAUUUAUUC